GAGGAGAGGCGUGAGCGGCCAGAUGAAGGAGCUUCAGGAUGAUGUCCCCGGUGUCGGUGCCUUCGUAUUGGCCCACUUGAUCGUCUGCCUCCUCCUCCGUGAGACACGCCUGGUCUGCGGUGCAACUCUCUUUGAAAAAGGAAAAGUACUCCAUGAAGUUUGCAAUGGUGUAAAUCUGCGCUGCAUCAUGCGGAUUGUUGUUUCUACUUUUUUGUCCUGCCCUAUAUCUAAAGUACUCAUCUGAAAAAUGAGAACAAAGUGAUUGUUCCUGUUCUCCUUCUUAAGUCCCUCCAAAAAAGCUCAUCUGUGGAUGGGCCGCAGCAUUGUCAGCAGGGAGAAGGAGGGAGAACGCCAGCACGGAGCCACGGCAUCACGGCGCUCACUCGGGAUCAAAAUGGAAACAGUCAGUCUCUCACCACCCAGAAGUCCUCGUUUCAGAGAAGAUGCUCAUCAAGCAGAUCAGGAGUCUUUCUACUUAACUCCAUCUCCGCUCAUUCUUAAGGCCCCAAAAUGUAUGUCACCCACUGGAGAACGCAACAGUCCACUUGGGUCCCAAAAACGCAAAAGAACUCCAUUCAAAAUGCAUGCCCAAGAGUGUGAGCAAAGAAGAGUGGAUGAAGAGGAGGAAAGCAGCAUACCGAAAGCAUCCCACCUCUCCUUCUCAUCUCAACCUACCCCCGCCUCACCCCCACGGCCCAUCCCAAGCAUGAUUGAGUUGAACAGGUUUCAUCACAGGGCCGUCCAUGUACCUGUGCAGGUGAAACAGGAGCCUCUCAAUCCGCCCUCCAUGUGGCCUCCACCUCCUUUUCUCAUCCACCCGUCAUACUUCCCACCUCUCCACCCCAGCCUCCUCCCGUAUUCCUUCUUCAUGCCCGGCCCUGUGAUGCCCUUCCCACCUGGGGCCUUCAACGCCAGGCAGGAUGUCAGGCCGGCACUCCGCAGCCAUGAUGCCCCACAUCGAGGCAGACCAAGCAGCACAGAGAAGCCGGGUCUGGAUGUCCACGUAGAUGAAAGUUACUACGUGGACAUGGGUGGGGAUCAGAAGCGAUGGAAGUGUCGUAUGUGUGACAAGUCAUACACAUCCAAGUACAACCUGGUCACGCACAUUCUGGGCCACAAGGGUAUCAAACCCCACGGCUGUCACCUGUGCGGGAAGCUCUUCAAGCAGCUGAGCCACCUGCACACACACCUGCUCACCCACCAGGGCAUGAGGCCACACAAGUGUCAGGUGUGCCACAAGGCCUUCACCCAGACAAGCCAUCUGAAGAGGCACAUGAUGCAGCAUAGCGACGUCAAGCCUUACAGCUGCAGGGUGUGUGCCAGAGGCUUUGCGUACCCCAGCGAGCUUCGCGCUCACGAGCUGAAACAUGAGAAAGGCCAGGACAACGUGUGUGUCGAGUGCGGCCUGGAUUUCCCUACGCUGGGCCAGCUGAAGAGACACCUGACUGCCCACCGUGGACCCACCUUGUACAGGUGUUCCGAGUGCCAGAAGACUUUCCAGUAUCCGAGUCAGCUACAGAACCACAUGAUGAAGCACAAAGACAUCCGACCAUACAUCUGUAGUGAGUGUGGGAUGGAGUUCAUCCAGUCACACCACCUCAAGCAACACACGCUCACUCACAAAGGUGUGAAGGAGCACAAGUGUCGCAUCUGUGGCCGCGAGUUCACGCUGCUGGCCAACAUGAAGCGUCACGUGCUCAUCCACACCAACGUGAGAGCCUACCAGUGCCACAAGUGCUUCAAGAGCUUCGUCCAGAAGCAGACGCUGAAGGCCCACAUGAUCGUCCACUCCGACAUCAAACCUUACAAGUGCAAGCUUUGUGGGAAGGAGUUCAACAGGAUGCACAACUUAAUGGGCCACAUGCACCUCCACUCUGACAGCAAGCCCUUUAAAUGUCUCUACUGUCCCAGCAAGUUCACGCUGAAGGGAAACCUCACCAGACACAUGAAGGUGAAACACGGCGUCAUGGACAGAGGGCUGGAUGAAAGAUUGUUCAGACAAAGGGGGCGGUUCUGUCUCUCCUCUCCCAUGAGCCUCCUGGGCCAUUUCAACCAAAAAAAGCCCUUCGAUCUUUCCCAGAAGCCCCCAGGUCUGCCCAGUCUUCAUUUUCCCCAGUCUGACGGCGAGAGUGUGCUUGGUAGCUCCUGUCAGGAGGAGGAUGAGGAGAGCUUGUACAGACGCAGCCAGUACAGCCCUGAAGAUGAUCAUGGACAUGACACCUCAGGGGGUCUGGAAGUGAGAGGGCGGGGGUCUCCAGCUGAACUCCGGCAGGAUGAGACUCACCAGAAGAAGCCAGGUGGAGACGGACACUUGAAUGCCACAUGGGGACAGGUCGGGUCACCUUAUGAGGUGGCUCACAGUGAGUCACAUGACCACAGUGCUGAUUCUGAGAUGGAAGAUGACGCUCAUCACCACCAGCUUCCAGAAGAAAUGGUGAACAGGAAAGACAAAGCAAAGGAAGACGAUGAAGAAGAGUGACAUGAGGAUGCAGGGUUUUCCGAAUGUGUGUGAUGUUUUUUUGGAGAAAAGAGGGAAGUGUGUGUUAUCUCAUCUUAUCGCAAGGAUGGAAGUGAAGCUGUGAAUAUACGUACAUCUUGUACAUAUCAUUGUAUAAUUCUUCUCAGGAAUUUUUCAAAAUACACCAAAAAUUUUAAUAAUUUAACAAAUAAAUCACACCUUAUUUUACAAUAUCAUCAAAUAGUAGCCUCCGAAGAAAUGCAGUCACCCAACUCAUUUGCAUAAAUGAGUACCUGUACCUCAAAUAGAAACCUCACUUAGAAUCAAUGGCAUCGCUUGGUGGCUGCAAUUAUUUUUACUGCGACUGUUAUUACCACAGCACAUACAAAGCUGACGUUUGUGGUGGCGUUUGAAGCAAGCAAAGCGUGAACAAGCAAACUUGAACAUUGACAACCCCAUAUCCACAGAAAAAAAUAGGAUUUGCGCAUCAUAUAGAAAUAUUCAAAAGUAAUAUAAAUUAAGUUAAUUUAGUGUCAUUAUUUAUUUGUGCAGUGCCUUACCCCUAAUAAACUCCUGGUACUCUCGAAACACCACUGGCCACCAUAUUAAACAAGAUGUUUUUGAUGUGUUGCAAUGUUGUAAAUUACUGUACACAUGAUUGAAAAAAGAUUUGGCAACAUGUUUGCUACUCAAAAUCAUUGAGUCUAU